AGCCGUUCAGAAACGUGUUACGUCAUUGCUCCAGAACGGCCUGUUUCUGCCGUUUUCAACAUAUAUGUGCCACAUAUCAAGCAUUUGAUUGGCAACAAGUUCCAAUGUUUGCCCUCCCAUCAUCGGCCAAUGUUUCAAUCAAUGUUUGAUGCUCAUGACAAAGAGGUGGAUAAGUAAUGUGAUUCCCUUCAGCUGAGCCAUCAGAUGAUUGUUUCGAAGCAGAUUGAACUCUCUGAAACAUUUGGUGAAAUGAUCGAUGAAGUACUGAGAGCUGCAACACAGCGCGAUUCACAGCAAGAAGAUAACCCCCCACUACCUCAAUGCCUCCAACAAAUGCUCCAGUAUCCUCACCACCUGUUCCAACACCUGAUAAACAGCAACAUGAUCAGAAAAUUCAUGUUCCUACUGAUCAUAUCAAAGUAUCAGAUCAUAUUGUCAGUGGGAACGUCUGCAAAAAAGAUGAAGUUAUGGAUGCCCCUAUAUUUGACAAGACUCCAAAAUCAAAUGCUCCCACAACCGACAAGCCUGCUGCUACUGAGUUAACACCAGAUAUAAAUAGUGAAGGACAAAAAUCUGUUACACAUGAUACUCCUGUAUCUGGUGCAUCUCAGUUCGAUAAAACCUCACUGACAAAUGCAACUACUGACCUUGUUGCAAGGGAUAGUUCCUCUAAAGCUGCAGUCGCUGAACCUCCCCACGUGUCACGUGAAGACUGUGCUCGCAACCUACUUAAGUUCAUUUUGUCAGAAAAACUAGAUCCGAGCAUGGCUAUCAUUAAUUUUGGAGGAUUUGGCGGUUCUGUCCUCGAUGUUGUCCAGUCGUUUGGUCCUAAUAAAUGUAUUGAGAAUACUUUCAUGCAGAGAUUUGUCGACUGUAUUCGUGAGGAUGAUGUAUUAUACAAUCCAGAUUCUGUAAUCAACACUCUAAUACUGAAUGUCAAUGUUGAGACCGUUUUGAAUAUCGAGGAGUUCGAACAGCACAGUUCAAAUCCCCAGCCCUUCUCAACAUCACUUCUUAAAGAACAACUUGAACCGACGCUUCCUCCAGAUGAAGUUCUGAACCAAAUUAAAUUGAUCCUGGUUCCUAUGCUACGCCGUAGUCACUGGACCCUUUAUGCAAUCAACUUUGAACGUCGUCGAAUAGACAUCUUAGAUUCAAAUCCUUAUGGGACAUUGCUUGGAGGCACUACCUGGAAACAAAUACAUAAUGAUCAAAUGAUGAUAAAUGGAACGAAGAUACCUUGGUCCAGAUUAAUAAUGAGAAGACUUAGCAUUGCGUUACAUGAAGCUCGACCUGAUUCAACUGUACCAAAGUUUGGCAACUACAAGAUUGGGCUUCUUCCCAAUUGUCCAACCAUGACACCAGGGUCAAAUGAUUGUGGUUUUUUUGUCGCAAACUUCCUCCGCUACUACGAUUUUGAUGAUGGCGACUUAUCAGAAUUUUAUACUCCGGAUGAACCAUUGGACCAACGUGCCUUUGUUCUGCAUUACCUGACCUUUCAUCGCAACAACAGGGUUGCCCCCUUCCUGCAGAACUGCUGCCUUUCAAGUAUGCUCCAAGGAGACGCCGUUGUUUGAAAGCCAAGACUUAGAUAUCAUAGCUGAACAUGAUUCCCUAUGGGAUCCACAAAACUGUUUAUGUUACUUAUUAAGUCACUUAUGUCAGGCGUUGCUCAUGUGUAUGAUACUCCAUGUGCCACUUAUGUUCGAUGUGUCCAGUGUCUAUGCUACUUCACAUCAGUUUUUAUUUGAAGUGUGUCAAACAUAAGUGUUACCAGAAUGUCUAGUUAUGUUAUCUGUUAAGAAAUUCUAUGUUGUUUUAUCUCCAGAUUGUGAUAUGGUUAAUCGUUUGCUUCCAAUGUUUGGCGUAUUUGUAUUA